GGAGCUCAUCCUCUACUCCCAUGGCUUCUUCUUAUCUGAAUUCCCUGUCCGCCACACCUCCUUCCGUCGCCACGCCUAUACUUCACCUACCUUCGCAUUUCAAGGGCAACGCGAGAUCUUUGAAUGCAUACACAUGCGGAUUUCCAUCCAUAAAAAUCUGCCUACACAAGUUCCAUCGGAAACCGCCACUUGUGGUUCUAAACGCGGCGGAUUCCGGCGUCCUCGAGUCCACCUCCGGCGGCCAGAAUGUGCGGUUCCGCCUCGAUAACCUAGGGCCGCAGCCUGGUUCGAGGAAGAAAGCGAAGAGAAAGGGGAGAGGACAUUCGGCUGGGCAAGGAGGCAGCUGUGGAUUUGGAAUGAGAGGUCAGAAAUCGAGGUCAGGACCUGGAGUGAGAAAAGGAUUCGAAGGUGGACAAAUGCCGCUUUACCGGCGGAUUCCGAAAUUGAGAGGCAUCGCCGGAGGGAUGUCUGCCGGGCUACCAAAGUAUGUUCCUGUCAACCUAAAAGAUAUUGCCGAUGCGGGAUUUCAAGAAGGAGAAGAGGUCUCGCUAGAGUCCUUGAAGAGUAAAGGUUUAAUCAAUCCAACUGGAAGGGAUAGGCGACUUCCACUUAAGAUCCUCGGCGACGGAGAAUUGAGCGUCAAGCUCAACUUCAAAGCCCGAGCUUUUUCAGCGUCGGCAAAAGAGAAGCUUGAGGCUGCAGGUUGUUCAUUAACUCUUAUUCCCGGGCGAAAGAAAUGGGUGAAGCCGUCUGUCGCCAAGAACAUCGCCCGGGCCGAGGAAUACUUCGCCAAGAAAAGAGCCACCGAAUCUACCCCGGCCUCGUGAGCCUCCUCGGAUACUACGACACACCGGUCGGCCCGCGACGACGUCGAGAUCUCUAAGGUAUUGAAACAAUCAAUUUGGGGCCUAUGUUCUUCCUUAGCAUUUGAUUUUAAUGUUUAUGCAUUAUUGUUGUUGUUGUUGUUAUUGCAAAGUUGGAAGUGGUCCAAAUGUUGGUGGGCAUUGUUGGCAAAAUUGCAACCUUUCUUUCAGCAAUGUUAAUUUAAAAGGUCGUGUUCAUAA